GGUGGACUCUACUUUCGGUAUAUUGAUGAUUUAUUUAUAGUUAUUAAUUGGCCUGUUCGACAUUUAAUGAAACAAAUUGAACUUUGGAAUCAAUUCGACGAGAAUAUUAAAUUAAAUGCAAAUCUUGGUUCAUUUACGACUUUCCUUGAUUUAUAUAUGGAGAAUCGAGAUGGUGUUCUAUUUACUACAGUUUAUCAAAAACCAUCCUAUGAACCAUAUUAUUUGCCAUUUAAUAGUAUUCAUCCAUUACAUAUGAAAAAGAACAUACCAUUUACAAUGCUCUUUCGUGCAAUUAAAUAUCCGAAUAAAAUUAUUGAACAACAGUUUAAUAAUGUUCUAUUAAGAUUCGAUAUUGAUCAACCAUUGACUGCUAUUAAUUACAAUAAAUAUCGUCAGAAUGUGUUAGAUUCACCCUAUACAGAACCUAUAGAAAUUGAUUAUGAUAAAGUUAUGUUUAUUCACAUUACUUAUUGUUCAAGUAUGAAAGGAUUUCCUUUGAAAUUUCAUACAAUAUGGAAUAAAUAUUUUGGUGAAUCUCCGAUUAAUGAAAUUCGACCUAUACUUGGUACCCGUAAUGUUAAAAAUUUACAGAGACGAUUAACAAAUAUUAUUUAA